AUGGAGGCCGCCGCAGCGCCAGCGGCACCCGUCCCCGACCAGGGGGGUUCCCAGUGGACCGCAUCGAAGACGGCACGGAGGCGCGACUCCGACGAGAGCGCCGCCGAUUUCAUCAGCAGGGUCCCCGACGCCGUCCUCUGCACCAUCAUCUCCCUCCUCCCCACCAAGGACGGCGGCCGCACGCAGGUCUUCUCCCGCCGAUGGCGCCCCCUGUGGCGCUCCGCCCCUCUCAACCUCGAGGUCCGCGUCCCAUACCCCGGCCGCGGCGUCCGCACCUCCUCCGUCGCCCCCGAUGUCGUCCCCAAGGUAAUCUCGCAGCAUCCUGGUCCCGCCCGCCGAUUCUGCUUCCACGGCCUCCGCCCCGGCGACCUCCACGACCAGGCGGAGAGCUGGUUCCGCUCCCGGGCCCUCGCCAACCUUGAGGUGCUCGAAGUCGGCUACAAGGUCCACGGUGAAAAAGAGUUAGAAGAACUUAUUCUGGCGAGAAUUUCCCUGCCGCCAUCCGCCUUUCGCUCUGCAUCUACCCUCCUCGUUGCCGAGAUCGGCUACUGUGAUUUGCCCCGAGAGAUGGUGCCGUCCAUGGGCUUUGACCUCCUCGAGCUUCUCUCCUUGAUCUCCGUUUCCAUCUCAGUGGAGGUCUUCCGCGGACUGCUCUCUGCUUGCCGUGCCUUGAAGAGCUUACACAUGUCCGGAGUUCGUGGUGCUAGUUGCCUCCAUGUUCGCUCGCCGACUCUUAGGAGUAUAUGCUUCCGUGACAGCUCUGGUAAAGUAGAGCUUGUCAUCGAGGAUGCGCCUCGCCUUGUGAGGUUACUAAUGCCUUUUGGUUCCCGAGAUGAUUGUGGUACUAUCCGGGUAAUUUCUGCGCCUAAACUGGAGAUAUUGGGCCCUUUGUUACCUGUUGUCUCCAAGCUCCUAGUCUCCCAGGGAAUAAGUUCAGCCGGCUCGGGAAACUCGAUGUAUACCGUGAAGAUUUUGGCUCUCAGGUGUUCUGGAUAUGAAUUGGAUGGAGUUCUUAAUAUCCUUAGGAGGUUCCCCUGUCUUGAGAAGCUCUAUGUUAUUUUUCACAAACACAAAGAGAUGGAUAAGAAAAUUGAGCCUCAGUAUGACCGACUACAUCCAAUUGAAUGCCUUCAAACCCAUCUCAAAACAGUGGUGUUUGAAGUAUUCAUGAGCCAUGAUAAACAGCUUGAGUUUGCCAAGUUCUUUGUUUUGAAUGCAGAAGUGCUAAAGAAAAUUGAAUUUGAUGGAAUAUAUGGGGCCUACAACAGUAUAUCGCUGGCUUACCAACACAGGCUGCUAAGAGUGGAAAACAGAGCUUCUCGAGAUGCUCAAUUUGAAUUCAUGAAUAGACAUCGUGAUACUGAGAAACAUCUCAACAAGCAUAAUUUGUCAGUGGCUGACCCCUUCCAACAGCCAUAG